AUGAAGACCGUGGUGCUCACCUUGGCCGUGCUCUUCCUCACAGGGGGCCAGGCUCGGCACACCUUGCAGCAGGACGACCCCCAGCUCCAAUGGGAUAGAGUGAAGGAAGUAGCCAGCGUGUAUGUGGACAUGUUGAAAGAAGUGGGCAAAGAAGCUGUGUCCAGGAUCGAAGCCUGCGAACUGGCAAAAAAGAUGAACCUGAAAAUCAUGGACAACUUGGACGCCCUGGGUGCCAAUAUCACCAAACUGCGCGAUCAGCUCUCCCAGAUGGUGACCCAGGAGUACUGGAACAGCCUGCUGACCCAGGAUAUGAACAAGGACCUGGAGCAGGCCAAGGAGAGGGUGACGUUCUACCUGCAGCAGCUGCGGGAGAAGCUGGGCUCGAAGAUGCGGGACGGCGCGAGCAAGUCCGUGGAGAAGCUGCUGGAGCGCUACGGCGACCAGAUGCCCGAGGGCCUGGCCACGCAGCUGCAGGCGCUGCGGGAGGGCCGCGUGAGGUUGGGUGAGCUGCGGGACCAGGCGGGCGAGAAGCUGAGUGAGCUGCACAAGAAGGCGGGCGAGAAGCUGAGUGAGCUGCGGGAGAAGCUGAGCCAGCUGAGCAAGAACUCGGAGCCGCUGGGGGCCAUGCUGGAGAACCUGCUGGAGGACCUGCGCUUGGGGAUGCUGCCCCUGUGGGAGAACUUCCAGCUCCCCCAGGAGGGGGCCGGCCAGUGA